AUGGCCGAAAAUAGGGAAGUUAUGGCCGAGGAGGGUCAAGUUCAAGGUAUAGAGUUCAAUGGUGUCAUGUAAGUUUAUAUACGCGCCAUUCUUUUUGCACCAAAUCUGUACUAUGACCAAGUGCGCCAUUAUUUUUCUAGCAAGUCAAUUUAUAUUCAAAAGCGCCAUUCUUUUUGCAUCAAAUCUGUACUAUGACCAAGUGCGCCAUUAUUUUUCUAGCAACUCAAUUUAUAUUCAAAAGCGCCAUUCUUUUUGCAUCAAAGCUAAAUUAUGACCAAAUGCGCGAUCCUUUUUUCAUCAUAAUAAAAAUGAGCUCUCAUAUAUCACUUUUUGCCCCAAAUUUGAAUUUUACUUUUCAGCCCCACGGAGUAUGUCAGUUAUUCUAAAAUCGAAGAUCGAAAAGCCCGCCAACGACGAAAUUACUUCAAAACCUUGGUACGACAAAAGGAUAACAUCAACUUGUUCUCGUCCCGCGUCCUCAUGAAUGUUCAACAACGCGAAAAAGAAACCAAGGUGAGUAUGGGAUAUUGGUUGAAAACGGUACAAAUAUGGAUUUUUGUGAAAUCGACCGGUCGAUAAGUUUUUUCUCGAAAUAGUUUAAAAACCAUCCAGAUUUUAAAAUUUUAGGUAACAAUGUCGGUAAAACAAGGCUUUUCAUGUAAAUCGUAAAACAUGUUAAAAUUUUUAUCGACUGGUCAAUAUUUUUUUUCAAAAAAGUUUAAAAAAAACUUAAAAUUUUAGAAAUUUAUGUAACAAUUUAAUUUAAAAAAAAGCCUUUUAUGUUAAAAAAAUGCCAAAUUUUAUCGACCGGUCGAUAUUUUUUCAAAAAAUUUUUCAAAAAACAAAAUUUUAGAACUUUUGGUAACAAUAUUAUAUAAAAAAGCCUUUCAUGUUAAAAAAAUAUCAAAAUUUUUAUCGACCGGUCGAUAACUUUUAAAAUGUUUCUCAAAAUUGAAAAAUAAAAUUUUAAAACCACAAAACCAAACCGCGAAACUAUCGUUUUGCUCUUUUAUGACACCUUAUACACAUAUUCACAUAUACAUAUUACACUUUCCAGAGUGGCAAACAGUUCAUGCGGAAUGAGCGCAAAAUCAUGACCGAACGUUUGAAUUUCCUGUUGGCAAAGAACGACCAAAACGAUGCCUCGACCAAACCCGAAGUCGAAUCGUUGUUGCGACGUUUCCGGCUCGACGACUUGGAUCAUUUUAUUGUAGGUUUUUAUAAAUUUUUAGGGUUUAAAUGAAAUUUUAGGCUUGAAAUGUAGUUUUUAUACCUUAAAAGUAUAAAAAAUAAAUUUUAGGCUUAAAAGUGAAAUUUACGCUUAAAAAUGAAUUUUAGGCUUAAAAAUGAAUUUUAGGCUUGAAACACCAAUUUUAGGCUUAAAAAUGAAUCUUAAACUUAAAAAAUGAAAUUCAGGCUUAAAAUUUAAAUUUAGCUUCAAAAUGAAUUUUGGAAUUAAAAAUGUAUUUUAAACUCAAAAAAAAUUUUUGGGAUCAAAAACGAAUUUUAGGCGUAAUAUUAAAUUGCUAUUUAUAAAAAUUAUUUUUAGGCUUACACUUUGCAAGCCAUUUACAUUUUUAAAAUAAUUUUCAAUUUUAGAAACCGCUAAAGCCAGUUGACAUGAACAAGUUGUACACUUUGGAAACAGAGCUUCUUCAUUAUAAGCCGGAGGCACCGAUGGAUCCGAUCAAGUACUCGAUCGAAGAGUACCGCAAGGAACUGAAGCGAAUUCAUUUUAACCGAAGGGAAUAA